CAACAAUAUUUCCUAGAUUAGUUAUUCUAGUCUUGGGCAGCAGAAGGCGGGCGGGAUUCAGAACCUAAACAGCGAGGAAGUGAAAGUACGGGAGCGGGUCGGAACGCGGCCAUCGUCCACGUCCAGCUGGGUGGUGAUGGCGGGCCGCGCACAGCCGCUGUUUUAGGUCACCCAGAUGCAUCGGAAAAGAGGUCGGUUGCAGGGCGGCCACAAGAUUGGAGGCCCCCUUCAGCCCCUCACACAGCCUGCCUUUGGCCAGACAGGCGGUGGACCAGCACAGAGAAUCCCUACACAGCAUGAAGCCCCAACUCAGUCUCGGCCUCCCCAACCCCCUCACAGCCAACAGCAGCCUGUAAUGCCACAGCAGCAGCAGCAGCAGCCAGAAAACAGCUGGGGGUGGGGCAGUGAAGGUUCAAGUGCAUGGGACUGGGGUGAGAGUAAUGAGGGGUGGUCAUCAGGAGCCCCCCAGCAACACCCCCAGCAGCAGCAGCAACAACAGCAGCACUACCCUCAGCACUACAACCAGCCUCAUUCCUACCCCCAGCAGCAGCCCCUACAGCCCAGCAGACAGGAGCAGUUUGGCAAGCCUGCGGAGAUUACUACUUACAGCCACGUGCAGCACACAGCCACCUCGCAGCCACAGCCACAGUCACAGCCACAGCCACAGCCACAGCCACAGUCACAGCCACAGCCACAGUCACAGCCACAGCCACAGUUACAGCCACAGCCACAGUACUUGAAUGGCAGCAGUCAGAAUGGGAACAAUGGGGAUGACUGGAGCAACUGGGGGGAUGACUGGGGCUCUGCUGACAGCUACAAUAACAAUAUAAACAACAACAACAACAGCAGCAGCGUCAGUAGCAAGCCGGCCAGCUAUGGGAAGCAUGACACUAACAGUGAUCUUUGUCAGAACUAUCAUGCAUAUCACCAGUACCAACAGCAACAACAACCUCAGCAACAGCAACUUCAGCAGCAGCAGCAACAACAGCAACAGCACCAGCAACAAUUUGAACAGCAACAGCAACACCAGCAGCAGGAGCAGCAAGAGCAAUACCAGCAGAAACAGGGUCAGGUGCUGCACCACAGUCAGUACACAGCACAGAAGCAACAGUACACACAACAGUCACAGCAACAGCCCUUGGAGAACAGCCAGCCCUACAGUGAACAGGAAUAUGGCACUCACUAUCAACACCAGCCUGCACUUCCCCAGCAGCCCCAGCAGGAGGCAACACAGCAGCAGCAGGCAGCAGAUGACAACUGGGGGUGGGGGACUGAGGAUGAAUGGCAGGUUAAUGGACAGGCUACUGAGCAACCUCAGGAGACUGCUGCCCAUCAAGCCGCAGAGCCCCCACAGCAGUCAGCCAGCUGUGAGACAGCAGGAGAGGCAGAUACAACUACUACUCAGCCUGCUGUGAACACUACCAGCAAAGCUGGUGAUGGCUGGCCUGACUGGGAGGAGCAAACUCACACAGCAACAAGUCACAUGCCUGAGCAGCAGCAGCAGCAGCAGCAGCAGGAGCCUCACAUCCACACAGCAGAGCCCACUGCCUACCCUGGUGGUGAGGAGGCAGUUCAGGCCCAGCAAGACACCUCUCAGUGGACUCAGCAGCAGUGGGAGGAUAGCUGGGGCCACUCCACCACUCAGGAAACAGCUGCUGACCUCCACUCCAUGACACACUCCGGUGCUGAUGCCACCACCACCACUGCCACCACUGCUGAGCACCAGAGUUAUGGCCAUUAUGACUCAUACCAGCAGGAGCUGGCAGAGGGUGGGGGACACUAUGCACCACCAGAGGAGCAGCACCACCACCAUUCAGCACAGCAGGACCACCACCACAGCACCACUACAGCCUCAGAGAGUGAUGUACUGCACAGCAAGGGAGCAACCACCACCACCACCACCACUGCCACCAGCUUACAGACAUCAACCCUAUUGAUGAACAAUUUUGAUGAUGAUAACUGGGGUGAUGGCUGGGGGGAGGUGGAAGUCCCACAGCCCCCACACAGUAACUCAGAGCCCACUGCUCAGCAGACAACCACAUCUGAGGACUAUGCUGAGGAGCAACCUGCAAAUGUGGCUGAGAGUGCUCCACAUGCCACUGCAAAGACUUACCAGGGUUUCCAGGCGAGUCAGUCCUACACAGACCAGCCUCACAGAGACUCACCCAAGGGUAGUGUCCUUCCUGAAGAGUCCCACUUAUCUACUUACCCCAAUGAAGGGACAUCAGAGGGCUGGGACAAUGAUUGGGAGGAGGAGAGUGACAAGAUGGCUGAGGGGGUGAGGGAGGCACCCACAUCGACUGCCAUGAGCGGGUACAGUGUGCAUGCCAUGACAAAGGAGUUGGCAGACCUUGCACUACAGAAUCACCCACCUGCUGAGGGCUCCUUUUCACUGUCUUCAGUCAGCGAUGGGUCCUACCGUCACCCAUCAACCAGUGAGACAUCCUGUCCUAAUUCUUCUGUUACAGAGGAUUCCUACUCUAAGUCCUCAACCACUGAAGAGUCCUACAUUAAGCCUUCAGCUACGGAUGAAUCUUACACUGCAUCCUCAACCACUGAAGAGUCCUACAUUAAGCCUUCAGCUACGGACGAAUCUUACAUCACAUCCUCAGCUACUGAAGAGUCUUACACUAAGUCCUCAGUUACAGAGGCAUCCUACACUACAUCCUCAACCACUGAAGAGCCCUCCACUCACUCUGCAGUCACUGAGGAGUCAUCAUCCACCUCAGCCACUAGUGAGGCACCCUACUUGCAUCACCCUGGGAACAAUGACUCCUACACCCAUCACACAGGGAGUGAAGGAGCUUCAUUCCAGCUCCAGUACAGUGACUUGUCUUACAGCAGGACCAGUGAAGACUCCUCACACCACCAUGCUCAAGAGGACCCCUACCAUCACUCGUCCACCGGGGAGGAGCCAGUGUACCACCACCAUCCAGCGCUGGGGGAAGACUACCACCACCACCAGGCAGCCAGCGAGGGAGGAUUCACCCACUUGCACUCAUCUACACGCCAACCACACAUGACCCACUUAGACCAAGGAACUGAGAGACCUGUAGCUAGGGACCCAGAGACACAGGCUCCAGUUCCUCUACACCAGACACCUCAGCCUCCUCAGCCUCCACCAUCCUCCACACACCUCUCCAUGUACCAACCCCCUCUCCCUUCCCAACCUACACUGGAACAUCCACCUCAACCCCACACCACAGCUCACCCAACCCAUGACCCACACAGGAUGAGGGAGGUACCCCAUGCCCACCACCCAUCCCCAUCCCCGAGUCCACACGCCCCUCCCCCUCACAUGCAUCACCCCUCCCCAUCACCAAGCCCUCAUGCCAUGCCCCCUCACACACACCGCCCAUCCCCCUCACCAAGCCCGCACACUGCACCCCCUCACCCACAUCACCCACACCACCCAUCACCAGCCCCGAGCCCUCACCAAGCCCCCCAUCCAGCCCCAUCUCCCAGUCCCCAUCACCCCGUGUCUCAGGCCCCCGAGGUCAAUCAAGAAGUUGCACCUCCCCCCCCUCACCCUCACCUCCAGCCAGCUGUGCCUGACCCCCUCUACUCAAGGAUACCAGAUGGGGCUUCCUCCAUACCCGAGGGGCCCACAGCCUUAACAGGAAUGGCCAGUGACAGGCAAGGUCAUGGCCAGGCAGCAGAGGUCCCGUGGCAGGCAGGGUCAGCGGGGGGUAGUGGCAGUGGCCCAGAGGUGUCAGCGGAGCACCAGUCCACCCUGCACCCUGCCCACCCCUCUCACCCGCCACACCCACUGGUGGAGCGACCCUCAUCCAACCAGUCGGCCCACUCGGUCCACUCUGUACACUCAAUUCGCUCCACCCACUCCGUUCACUCCACCCACUCGGCUCACUCCUCCCACUCUCUCGCGCUGAACCAGGAGGUGCCGCUGGAUGAGCAGGCCGAGAGAUGUGCUUCUCCUGCACUCUCAGGCCACCAGAGGGAGCAGGCGGGUGGGGCGGCGAGUGGUGGGGCCAGCAAGCCAGCGUGGGAAGGUGCUACUCCACCACCCACUCUCCCACAGCCUCCACCACAAGGCCCUGGCCCUCUUGGUGCUAUACAGAGCCUUAAGGCACGGAAAGGCAGCCCCUUCCAGCCCCCCACCAACAGGGACUUGGCUUCCAGCCCUGCCCAGCUUCAGAGCUACCAGUUCUUCACACCAUCUCAGGCUGUCGGAGGGGAUGCCAUGCCUGCCAAGCCUACUGCCGUCUAUCCAGAUGUGAGUGCCAACCUUGAGACACUGCCAGAUAACAAUGAACUCAUCAACAGUGCCACGGAGCAGUCCGGGCCGCCUCUCUGGUCCACGGUUGAUCCCAGAAUGGACAUCAAGCUGGCAGUGGCUGCUCCCCCCUCUGAGGCCACUCCUGCCCAGAUGCCUCCACCCUCAAACCCCAUCCCUGUAGUAGUGCCCGGGCUGAUGAAGGAGGAGAGGGUCGAGGAUGAUCCCACAUUGCCCCAGCAGCCUACUCAUGGCACUCACAGUGAGCCCCCAGCAGCCCACAGUGCCAGUCUGCCAGCUGGCGUAGCCAAGCCCAAGACACAGUCAUUCCUACCCAUGGCUGGGAGCAGCAGCCCCGCUCCGGCAGCGCUGGACCUCUCCAUGACCACCAGGCCCCCGCUAGAGACCACCACUGCAGAGGAUAGACCACAGGGGGAGAGGGAACCACCAAACUUCAGCCGUAUGGUUCCUGGGGAGUCGAGGAAAGGGGAGUCUGCCUUUGUGGCCCCCCCUGCCUUCCAGACCCCUGCCGUGGUGCCGUCCAUGCCCUCUGAGCGUGUGGUCACCGGGAACGACAACCCGCAGCCUGUGGUGGCGGUUGGGGUGAAGCAGGAACCUUCUGAAGUGAGGUCACCGCCUGAUGGCCCAGACACCAGCCGCCUCCCCAGCCAGGCGGCGCCGAUGGUGGUGCCCCCCGUGCGCAGCGAGACCAUAGGCUCCGAGGAACCCAAAGUGAGAAACUUCACGACAGGGAACUCCAGCAGCCGCUCAGACCUGUCUGGUGAGCGGGGUGAGCGAGGCGGCCGGUGGGAUCGUGACCACUCCAGGGACCGGGGCGGGGAGGCUGGAAGCCACCGCGUGGCCUCCGACCGCUACCGAGACCGAAGCCGGGAGAGAGGCAGCACCCGGGACUACUAUCGGGAUGACUCUCCACACAGCCGCCGCUCCUACGACCGAGACUACGACGACAGGCGGCGGUGGCGGACCCGGGACUCGGAUGAAGACGAGGACAGCGACCGAAGGUAUUAUGACUCCCGGGACAGGAGGGAGCGAGCGUAUCGGGACGAGAUGGACCGUUACAGCGAUCACCCAUCCAGGGAGGACGGCAAGGAGCGGAGGGACGGCAGUGGCAGCAAGAGGAAGGACUACAAGGACCGCUCCAAGGACGCCUACCGGUCUGGAGGAUAUGCUGAUGAUCCUUACUUUGGCAGCAGUGGCAGGGGCGACAGGUCUCAGCCCGUGUCCCGUUCUAGCAGCAUAAACAACCUUGACGAGGCAGACCCGCGCUCCUCCCACCAUCAUCGCUCCAUGCACCACCACCACUCCGACUACUACGACAGGAGGGACUCGCGCUCCAGGGACUCGGAUCCUCGGGACAGAGACACCUCCUACAGCUCCAGGGACCACAGGGAUUACUACUCGAGGGGCUGGGACUCGCGGGAUGCCAGGCGGGAUCACCAGCGUUAUUAUGGAUCUGCGAGGGGGUAUGAGGAAAUGUAUGAGCAGUACCCCCACUAUUACCAGUACAACCCGAUGCUGUACUACAAGGACUACUACCAGUGGGUGAAGCAGUGCCGCCAAGCCUACCAGUCCGAGUCCUUCUAUGAUGACCGCACCAGCAUCCACUCCGGCCGCUCCUCCGUCAACAACGAGCCUGAGAAGAGUGUCAGCAGUCCACGCCCGGCCUAUGACCCUUAUGGCUACUUUUACGGCCCACCCAGCCAGCCCCCAUUGCACUCCAGCCAGUUCCUCCAGGACUUCCAUGGGACCUCUGCCCUGGGACACUUUGAACCCUCCCCAAUAUACCCUGAUGGUUCCCUUUCCCAGCUCAAGUCCUAUCCCAGCGGGGAGCUGAGUGGGGUGCCGUCUGUGGCUGAUGAUGCCGUGAGUGAGGCAGCGCAGCGCAUGACCCCGUUACACUUUGGGAGGCCUCACAUCUGUGCUAAGUUCACACCCACGGGCCAGAUGGUGCUGGUGCUGCCCAAGGACCCGAGGGAUGGAGAGAAGGCAGUGGUGCAGCUGAGGGAUGUGCAGAAGAUGCUGUGCGUGGACCCGGCCGAGACCAGGGCCAUCAUGCAGAUGAAGAACUACCCCGGCCCACUGACCCUGUCUGACACCCACAAGGACGUGGUAAUGAGGCACUGUGAGCACAAGGCAGCCGAGGCGGCGAAGAGCCUCACCCUGCCGGACAAGGAGUCUGUCACGCUGAUCUGGGAGUACCUUGCCCUCCUGGUGAAGCAGAAUGGCAAGCUUUUUGGAAGUGACAUCGCUGGUCUGCUGCUGAAGGGGCGGGAAGUGGGCCCUCCUGCCACCCACCCAGCCACCCACACUGAGGAGCCCCCAGAGGAUGAGCCUACAGACAACAGCCCCCAGGAUGAAGGAAUAGACCUGCCCUCACAGCCCCCAGCACCUCCCCCAGCCAGAGAUGAAACAGCCCUCCUCAAGAAGUUCACCGAAUACCUCUGUUUGGGGCGCAAGAAGGAGGCAGUGGAUUAUGCCAUCCAGGAGGGCCUGUGGGGCCACGCGCUGGUCCUGGCCUACAAGAUGGAUUCCACCACACAUGCGCGGGUGCUGGCGGCCUUCAUUAGUCACAUUCCCCACACUGAUGUGGUCCUCACACUCCUCCAGCAACUCUCAGGGAAGAAGCCAGAGAUUACCAAGAACUACAGUCCUGAGCAGUGGGGUGACUGGCGCCAGCACCUGGCAGUCAUGGUCUCCAACCCCACCGGUGCCACCCACAAAGACCGUGCCUCCAUCGUGUUGCUGGGAGACGCUCUGGCGGCGCGGGGACAGCUGCAUGCUGCACACUUCUGCUACCUGGUGGCCGGGAUGGAAUGGGGGUCCUACGCCUGCAAGGACUCCAAACUGGUGCUGAUUGGAGCCUCAAACAACCUACCCUUCCAGGCAUUUGCCACCGUUGAGGCCAUACAGUGUACUGAGGUGUACGAGUUUGCCCGCUCCCUGGACGCCAACAACAGCCCCUCGCUAGACACCUUCCAAUCCUACAAACUGGUCUAUGCCCUCAGGCUGACUGAGUGUGGCUUCCCUGCUGAGGCCUUAAGGUACUGUGAGGUAAUCAGCCAGGCUGUGGAGAAGAACCCUACAACAUACAAGGUGGAGUUCCUCUCACAGGUUUAUGAAUUGGCCUGCCGCCUCAAGUACCAUGACCUGCACUACCAGAUGUACCAAGGAGAGGUGUCUGAGAUCCCAGAUCCCCAGUGGCUCAGCAAUGUGAGGGACGUCCUGGAUGCAGCACGUCAGCGAGAACACCAGCAAAUGAUGGAGCAUCAGGACACAGGGACACAGGACACGCACUCAUACAUGUACCAGCAGGACCAGGGGACAGAGAGUCUCAAUCAAACAAUUGCAGCAGAUCCAAGUUACUCCGUGGCGGACACUACUCAAAACCAUGUCCCCCACGUGGACCCACACAGUAUGAGCUACAGUGUUCCUGGGGGCCAGUCAUAUCAGCAGGUGGACCCAGCAUACACCAGCCAGGCCUCCCCUGAUGUGCUGGAUAGCUCCCACUACACUAGUAGCCCCCACUCCCCUAGUAAGGCCCCAGAGGCUGCUUCCAUGAACCCAGGCCAUCCACAUGGGGGAAUGGCCCCUCCUCAGGAGGAGGGACCCUCGGCUGUGGAGACCCCCAUGAUGUCCCAGCCCUCCCCUGAGCACUCCCACUACCCCCAGGACACCACCGGCUACCAGGCCUCCUACCAGCAGCAUGAGCCCUACCUCCAACCCUCCAGCCAGACACCCAACGGCUAUGAUCAAGGGAGUGGUGGAGGGGAGCAGCAGCAGCAGCAGCAGCAGCAGCAGCAGCAGCAGCAGAGCAUGAGCACCACCACCACACUCAGCCAGCCCAGCAGUCAGGGUGGCUACCCAGGCUACCAGCAGCAGCAACAACAGCAGCAGCCCUACCAGCCCUGGGGCCAGCCACAGCCCACAGAGGGAGGGGGAGCACCACCCCAGCCUGAUGCCCUCCCCUCCAGGUCCCCAGAGCCCUCAGCACCACAGGCACACCGGACGCCUGAGGAGGAGGCUUACUGGGCAGAAAUGUCAAAUAAAAAGGAGGACGAAGAGGAGUACGAUGAGUUUGGAGGAGACGUGUAUGAGUACGAGGAAGACUAUGAGGAGGAGGAGGUCUACGAGGAUGAGGCGCUGGUCAUGGUGGACGGGGCUCACCGCCAGCCUGCUGCCAACUUCCAACUCAGACACCGCCAUCGGUCUGCUCCCGUUGAUGUCUCGUCCUCACCAACACCAGACACCAACACCACUGCCACCACCACUCCUGCUGCCAGCAGGAGUGACACUCUUGCCUCGGUGGAGAUCAUGCAACCCAACACAUCCACCACUCCAUUAUCCUCUCCUCCUCCUCUUCUUUCUCUCCCUCCUCCUGCUCCUCUGCUGUUACAACCACCACCCACACAACCACCACCACCACCACCAGCGACGCUAGUGGGGGGUGCGUUCCAUCCAUCCUCGCCCCCUAACUGUCUGGCACCUCAGAGUGGAGGUGCCAGCAGCAACAGCAACAAGGAGCCAUCGCUGAAAGAGACCAAGGCGGAGGAGGACAAGAUGAGUGCAGGAAAGGAGAGUAAGGGUGCCAAUGCCAAGGGAGGGUGGUUCUCCAGUCUGCUGGGAUGGAAGAGCUCCACCCCACAGGCUGUCCUCCCUGAUGACAAGAACCCCAAGAUUGUGUGGGACAAGGACAAGAAGACUUGGAUCAACACAGAUGGCUCAGAGGAGACCACCACUGCUGUUGGUCCACCUCCAAAACUUCCUCCAGCCAUCAGGACCCCGCCGCCCUCUGUUGCCAGAAGUGGGAAUCGCAUGUCCCGUUACGUUGACCCUAUGAAAGACAAAGCCGGAGGGACAGCAGGAGGCACACAACCUGCCCCCAUGCUUCCCCUCAUGCCCAUGCCCUCUGUGUCUCCCUCCCUCAUGAUGCCCCAGCCCAUGCAGCCCUCACAGGACAGUGCAGAGGCAAGCAACAACCCUUCCCAGCCCCAGCCGCAGCCCCCACUCCAGCCUCAGCCCCUCCAGCAGCCCUCAGUCCCUGCCCCUGCCCCUGCCCCUGAGAUGGCUCAGAUGAGGCGCUCGCGAUAUAUAUCAGAAAGCUCCAUUGAUUUAGAGGAUGACUGGCCACCCGCCAAAACUGAGGGGAUGUUGAGUGAGGAGGGGGCAGGGGGUGCCGUGCCCAUGAUGGCACCGCCGAUGGGUCAGCCUCAGUUCUUUGACCCCUCCCAGUUCAGGCCUCCCUCCAGCAGCCCUGCCAACCCUGCACGACGUGCCGGCCCCGGCAGGAGAUCCUUCCCUGCCAACCGAUAGAGGAGGGAUGGCCCUUCCUUGCUCAGCAGGCCUUAUUACUACUUUUUGUUUUACUGUGAUCCAUGUCUGUUUAUUGUAGGUUUUAUUUGACUUUUUCCUACCCAGAUUAUUUGAAAUAUUUAUUGCAUAGAUGAUAAAAAAAGUACAUAUGUGAAUGGAAAACAAUGAAUCUGAUAAAAUGAUGUAUUGAGAGUUAUCCUGUAGCAUUAUCUAUAUAUAUCAACAUAUGUGUAUAUGGAGGUGAGUGUGUAUCAUACAUUGGAAAAUUGAACUAGAAUUUUAAUUUAGAGGGACAAAUGAAGAGAGAAUACAAUGUUUAUUAUUAUUAUUGUUAUUAUUAUGAAUAUAUUAUUAUUAUUAUUAUUAUUAUUAUUAUUAUUAUUAUUAUUAUUAUUAUUAUUAUUAUUAUUAUUAUUAUUAUUAUUAUUUUCAAUGUUAUUAUCAAUAUUAUUUUUGAGUUGUGAUGAGGGUGUCAAGAAGGGAAGACAUGACUCCUUGCUCAGUAUCAGCUUGGCUCCGCCCUUCGGCAGGAAAUAAUGUGCACACCUCAGUCACCCCUCAGGCAAAGACACCGGCACCCAGCAAACAUAAAUACACAGGCCAAUCGUAGCCUCUUAAAUGCAGUAGACUUAACAGUGCAGAGUUCAGAUAAUGAUGUUAUUCCACAUUGUAAAGUGUUUGGUUGUGGAGGAAGGGAACUGGCACUAUUGCUUGUGAUGGUUAUGGCUUGAGGAAUGUAAGGAAGCCAGAUUGAGUGUGUUGGGCCUGUGUCAGGUCAGGUCAGGUCAGGUCAGGUAUAUCUAUGUUGGUCGUCACCUUUCAUUGUGUUGUGAGGCAGAGGGUGUGUUGUAGCUGCGUCUCCUGACCCUAGUGAACCUCCUGUAAAGCAAUGAAUUCAUGUAAUCUGCUGUGUUUGGGAGAAAGUUCAGGUCAUUAUGUAUACUGAGCUGUUUUUAAUUAAUUUUUAUUUAGUAACAGUUCUAGUUAAGAGAGAGAACCACACAUCACACCCUCAGAGCCCUCAAUCACUUUUUUUGUUCCUUGUUAAAAUCAGUAGUUUUACCUACUUCAUUUACUUUCUGUUCAAAUAGUUUAGUAGUGAUAGGAAGAUACAAGUUCCACAGUGCAAUUUUAUAAUAUAUUGUUACACAGAAAUGUAUGUAAGGGAAGAUCUUAGUUUUCAUCACUUGACGUCAGGGUUGGUGAAAGGUUUUCAAGAGCCGAUGCAAAUGCAAUGCUUGUGCUGUAAUUAAUUGCAUUCAUGUUGCAUUUUAAUGAGGGUGCAGAUAUCAUUAGUGUCCUUCAAGUUAUCAGACUGAAAAGUCUUACCUAGGAUGAAAGGGAAGUGUAAAGUUUGUUGGGACACUAUUUUCAUUGUGUUGGUCCAUUGCUGUGCUGCAAACCUGUCACAAAGAGGGGUGGUUUUGCUCCUGCCCCUUGUGGGUGCAGACCUGUCUCUCCCCAGCAACAGUUCCUGAUGGUAUUGAUGAAAAUGUGAAAUGAUGAGAAAAGUAGGUGCUGAUGAAGCAAAAAAAAAUUGGCUUAUAUCUAUGCAACUCAUCACUGAAAGUUUAUUGAGAUUUUUUCAUGGAAUGCAUUCUUAACUUUUGUUGUGUUCAUCAUGAUGCCUUUUUUUUUCCUACCAUGGCUUCCUGGGAACAUGGAAGGUUGUUGCAGCUGAAAGAAAGUGAGGCAAUAGUGUGUGAUAUUUUGGCAAUGGAUGGCUGCUGCUGCUGCUGCCACCACUGCUGCAGGAGGGCAGGUGUGAGGUGCUUCUCCUUGGGUGGGGGAGACUUUCAUAUUUUAUACAUAAAAAAUAAAGUUAUCCUUAAAGUAACUUCAGACGAGUUUUAUAAUAUGGGAUUCGUGAUACUAGUUUAUCGUGAGUUCCUGUGGCGUAAUGAGUGGCGUGCUGUGAGGCAGGCCGCACCACAGUGACCACACCCCUCACAUACCUGUAAGCCACCCACUCAGCACCCUCUGUAGCUUGGGUUGACACUGUUAUCGCCCCCACCCGACCCCAUUAUACUCCCAUUCAAAGAGACUAUAGGACUGUCCCGUAAAUGUAUAAACUCUCACAGGAGCCAGAAGUGUACCUUGAUGAUUCUGGUGAGGACCUGGGGAGCACCGGCUGGGAAGCUGGUGCUGAAGAGUAGGUCGGCCGUGUACCGUUCAUUUCCCCUGUGCGUGUAGCCUCUUGAGUUGUUUGCAUACAUAGACCAGCUUGGGCCAGUGUGCUUCCUCUCCUCACAGUAGUUAUUAAAGGUUGGUAUGGGUAUAUUUAAUAUGUUUUGUGUACAUAUUGAUAUAUUAAAGUAUAGAUGGUUCCCUUCAUA